AUGGGAAAGCUCGAAGAUAUUUGUGAUCGAUAUUUGAAUAGAAGAGAAGAACAGAAAAAGGUGAUCGAAGCGGUUGAACGAUGUCUUAAAAAAGGAUACGAUUUCGAGAAGCUGAGAGAACGAGUGCAAGAUGUGGUUGAGGAUUCACACAAAGCUACAAAAGUGAUUUCAGCUGUUUGCGAUCACUAUCCACAACUCAGAAAGCGAACUAGAAAUGACAGAGACGAAGAGCGGGACCGUGAUCGAAAAAGAGAUCGAGGAGAGAACAGAAGUGAUAAUCGAAAGGAUCGGGGAAUGGAAAAGGAGAAAGAUAGAGAAAACAACAGAAAAGAUCAGCCAGAAGACACAAAUGUAGGUAUUCAAAAUGUGGAACAACCGCGAUUGGAAGAGGGAAAGCCAUCGGCAACGGUUAAUGCAUCUGUUGAAGAUCAAUUGAGAGCCAAGGAGAUGAUGUACAAAGCUCAACAAGAAAUUGAAGAAAAAAGAAGGAAAAUGGCAAUGGCUGCAGGAACACAUCAACUUAAGAGUUCCCAUUCCGCAUCAGCUCAAGUUUCUGCGGGAGCAAAAGGAUUGUCACUUGGUAAAGAGGAAGCGACUAUGUUCGUGAAUUUCUCGAUGGAUAAAACAACUAGAAUUGAACAGCUGAAAGCAAAAUUAGCCAGACAACCUGUUGUCGCUAAACUGAAUGCUUUAGUAGCUAACGCACCAGCUGGAGUUAUGGCUCCACUGUCAGAAGCAGUUCAACAAGUUGAAAAGAAGGUGCAACAACAAAUUACUAAGGAGUCCAAAGAACCCGAGAAACUGAUUGAGUAUCUCGAUCCUCGUAUCAAUGCAAAAACUGCUGAUAGACGCAGACGUGGAUUCAACUUUCACGAAAAAGGAGAAUUCGAGAAACUUGCUAAUAAGCAGCGAGCUUUGGCAAAACUUGAACGACUUCAAAACGAAGUGUCUUCGGCAGCACAGUCAACAGGAAUUUCAUCAGCUGUCAAACUGGCAAUGGUUACACCUUCAGGAACGGCCAGAAUUGAGAAUGGUGUACCAGAGAUCGAGUGGUGGGAUAUGUUGGUACUCGACAAAGUCAACUACGAUGAGAUUCCGCCCGAAGAUGAUGUCGAAAGAUACUCACAAACCGUUUCCGAACUCGUUGAGCAUCCAAUUUCCAUGCGAGCUCCGACUGAACCACUGACUCAACAAUAUCUGAAAGUUUACUUGACAACAAAAGAAAAGAAGAAGAUUCGUCGUCAGAAUAGAAAAGAAGUGUUGAAAGAGAAGACUGAAAAGAUUAGGCUUGGUCUAGAGAAAGCACCGGAACCAAAAGUCAAGAUCAGCAACUUAAUGAGAGUCCUUGGAAACGAAGCGAUCCAAGACCCGACGAAAAUGGAGGCUCAAGUGAGAAAACAGAUGGCUGAAAGAUUAAAGAAGCACGAGACGCUGAAUGCUGAACGAAAGCUCACUGAAGAUCAGAAAAGAGCUAAGAAAACGAAAAAAUUAUCGGAAGAUACUUCGACUGCUGUUAAUGUUUCUGUUUAUAGAGUCAAAUCGUUGGCUCAUCCAUCGAAAAAGUUUAAAGUGGAGACGAAUGCAAAGCAAUUGCAAAUGAGUGGAGCUAUUAUGAUGCACAAGGCUCAAAAUGUUAUUGUGGUGGAAGGUGGUCCGAAACAGCAAAAGUUUUACAAAAAUCUGAUGCUGAAUCGAAUCAAAUGGACUGAUGAAAUCGUCGGACAAAAGAAAGACGCGGAGAAAGAUGCACCAGGAGAGAGAAAUCUCUGUGAAAUGAUUUGGGAAGGACAAGUAAAGCGCCGGAACUUCCGUGACUUCACUGUUCAUACUGCGACUCUUGAGAAACAAGCUCGAGAAUUUUUCGAGAAACAUGGAGUCGCUCAGUAUUGGGAUCUCUGUUACAGCACCACUGUACUGUUGGAGGGACAAGAUAUUCUUCCAACAGCCUGA